GCUUCCCUGCAGAUAUUGCUUUAUCUGUAGGAACCACUUCAGAAAUGCUGUAUGAUUACAUGAAUGAAAGCUAAGUUGCAGAAAUGUUGCAGAGGCUGCAUCUGAACAGGGAAGGGAAAGCCGAAUUAAUUCAGCAAGGACUUUCUAACACUUGAGGGCCAUAAAGGAAUAAGUCAAGAGGAGCUAGAGAUGUGUGUGAAGAAGAACAAAGGAGACCGAAAAAUUUCAGCCUGCUCUAAACUAUAUCAAAGAGGGAUAAAUAUCAAAAUAACAAAUGAAAAUCCACUUCCUCAGCAAAGACAGGCGCAGUACUACGGAGUUGUGAGCGUUGGCACACCACCACAGAGGUUCACCGUUGUGUUUGACACCGGCUCCUCCAAUUUUUGGGUCCCUUCUGCUUAUUGUAUCAGUGAAGCGUGCAGGGUGCACCAGAAAUUUAAGUCCUUUCUGUCGGAUUCAUAUGAGCAUGGAGGGGAAGCUUUCUCCUUGCAGUACGGCACUGGACAGCUUCUGGGCGUUGCUGGCAAAGACACGCUGCAGAUAAGUAACAUCUCCAUCAAGGGACAGGACUUUGGCGAGUCGGUGUUUGAGCCAGGAACAACCUUUGCCUUUGCUCACUUUGAUGGUGUGUUGGGCUUGGGCUAUCCCUCCUUAGUAGUGGGCAAUGCUCUGCCUGUGUUUGACAGCAUCAUGAACCAGCAGCUGGUAGAGGAGCCGGUCUUCUCUUUCUAUCUGAGAAGAGGAGAUGAUACCGAGAAUGGUGGUGAGUUGAUCCUGGGGGGGAUAGAUCAUUCCCUCUACAAAGGUUCAAUCCACUGGGUCCCAGUCACCGAGAAAAGCUACUGGCAAAUACACCUGAACAACAUAAAGAUCCAGGGCCGGGUGGCAUUUUGCUCCCACGGCUGCGAAGCCAUCGUUGACUCAGGCACUUCUCUUAUCACCGGCCCCUCUUCACAAAUCAGGCGAUUACAGGAGUAUAUUGGGGCAAGCCCAUCACAUACUGGAGAGUUUCUCGUAGACUGCAGAAGACUGUCCAGCUUGCCUCACAUAAGCUUCACUAUCGGCCACCAUGAAUACAAGCUGACAGCGGAGCAAUACAUUGUAAAGGAAUCUACUGAAGACGAAACCUUCUGCGUGAGCGGCUUUCAGGCUCUUGACAUCGCCACUCGCACCAGCCCGCUCUGGAUUUUAGGAGAUGUCUUUAUGUCUGCGUUUUAUUGCAUUUUUGACCGUGGGAAUGACAGAGUGGGAUUUGCAAAAGCUGUUCAUAGGAAGGAUUACUACUGAGUCGUAAUAGCAUUUAUACUGCGGUAACCCAAACAUUAAUGAAAUGAUCUUCAACACAUGUGUGAAGAAGGACUUUAACCAAAACUCUGGAUCUAAAUGCAGUCUUGUUUGGGCUUUGGAGUGAUCCCUGUCCGAUUAUAUAGUUUCAUUUAAUCUCUGUAUGUUUACAAUGGAGAAACAGUAUUUCCAGAGUAACUGAUGGACACCACAGCUCUCAGGAUGAAGUGAAAACAUCUCAGCACUCAGAUUUGCAAAAGAGCAGGAAGGAUAAAAAUGCUGAACACUGCCAGGCUGACAAGACAGCAGUUAUGAGUGGGGGAAACUAAUCCCAGUCUGGUCUAGUCUGUGUACCCGUUUUUCUUCUCAUGUCCUAGUUUCCACCUCAUUUCCUACCGCUUUCCUUUUCCUCACCAUUUUCCACGGUUGGGGUUUUGUCCACCCUCGUUUCCUUAGUGCCACGUAAAUUUUCUUUAUAUGGGCUUGCUCCAACUGGUUUAUAUAAAGAAGAAUUUGACUGAUACCUGUGUGACCACUGAUUUCCACUACUGUUCCUUGCACACAAUUUCCUGCUCCUUACACCAUCUCUCAAAACUGCUUUUUCCCUUGGGUUCAUUCUCGCUUCACACUCAUACUGCCCCCAUACACAUGAAUAAAACUUAACCAAGAAAAAUCUGCUUUGGACUUA